GAAGCCCCAGAGGCACCUGGAAGAGGGUCUGUGCACACCCACCCCGGGGCGUGCUUUGCUGGGGUCCUGAGGCACUGCUUCGAGAUGCGUUUCCUUGCCCGGCUCCCCGCACGUAGGCGCACAGCAGGUGCGCCAGAGUUCAGCAGAAACUUGGGAAGAAGACAGCUCUCCCGAGGCGUGGAAAGCACUUCGCUCGCCGUGCGGGCUCGCUGACAGCUCUCGCCUGCCGGAGCCGAGCUGCAUCUGCUGCACCGACCCUGCGAGAGGCUUUCUGAACGGGCUGAACCUACCCGAGAUGGACGGCGCGACCGGGGCGCACCCGUCAGCCGGGAGGGCGCCUUCACCAUUUGGGAAGGUCCCUGCCUGCCUCCCCGUCUCCCCGCGCCCAGCCCGGCGGUGAAGGGCUCGGGGCAGCCCCUCCGCAAGGCAGCCCCGGCUCCGUGCGGCGGCUGGCACGGGAGCUUGCCCCGGGAGAGGCGUGCCCCCGGCGGCAGGCGGCGCUCGGAGGGGCGCCGAGCCCAUCCCCGGCCGGCGGGGCUCGCCAUGGAGCGGAGAGCGCCCGGCGGCGAGGAGGCAGCGCCUGAGACCAACUCUCCAAUCAAGGACCAGAUGCUCUUGUUUGAGUAGCCUCUACCUCCCUAUGAACUCCACAAAUGUAUUAAGAAAUGGCAUUACUCACUGGAAAUGCAGAUCCUGCGUUCAGCUCCUACUCCUUCAAUAACUUGGAAAGCUUGUGUGAAGUGCAAACCAAGAAAGGACUUUUCUACAAAAAGGCCAAACUUCUGCACCCUGGGGAAGACUUGUGCUGCUUAGCCCGCCUGGAUGACCGGACCAGGUUUGUGAUCAUCAAUGUAGGUGGCAUUAAAUACAAAAUCCCAUGGACCACCUUGGAGAACUGCCCCUUGACCAGGCUUGGGAAGCUAAAAUCUUGCAACAAUUAUGAUGAGAUCAUGAACAUCUGUGAUGACUAUGAUGUUAGCUGCAAUGAAUUUUUUUUUGACCGUAAUCCUUGUGCCUUCAGGACAAUCAUGACUUUCCUGACAGCUGGGAAGCUGAGGCUGCUCAGGGAGAUGUGUGCUCUUUCUUUUCAGGAGGAGCUUGUGUACUGGGGAAUAGAAGAGGACCACCUAGAGUGGUGUUGUAAAAAGAGAUUGCGACAGAAAGAGGAGGAGGCAGCUGAGGCCAGGCUGUAUGAAGGGGAGAUGGUAUUUAGCGAAACUACGCAAUGUGCCUUCCAGGACAAUAGCCGACUGAGUUUGUGCAUGAGAAAGCUCAGGGAUAUGGUGGAGAACCCCCACUCAGGGAUCCCAGGAAAGAUCUUUGCUUGUAUUUCAAUCUCUUUUGUUGCCAUCACUGCAGUCAGCCUCUGUAUCAGCACCAUGCCAGAUGUCAGAGAAGAAGAAGAUCGGGGUGAAUGUUCACAGAAGUGCUACAACAUCUUUGUGCUGGAGACAGUGUGCGUGGCUUGGUUUUCAUUUGAGUUCCUCCUGCGAUCCAUCCAGGCAGAGAACAAGUGUGCUUUCCUGAAAACCCCACUCAACAUCAUCGACAUCCUGGCUAUCCUGCCUUUCUAUAUCUCUCUCAUUGUGGAUAUGGUCUCUACAAAAAACAGCAGCAAGCCUGGCGGAGGAGCAGGGAACAAGUACCUGGAACGAGUGGGCCUGGUGCUGCGCUUCCUGCGGGCUCUGCGCAUCCUCUACGUGAUGCGAUUAGCGCGGCACUCGCUGGGGCUGCAGACCCUGGGGCUCACCGUGCGCCGGUGCACGAGGGAGUUUGGGCUCCUCCUGCUCUUCCUUUGUGUUGCCAUGGCCCUCUUCUCGCCACUGGUAUAUCUGGCUGAGAGCGAACUGGGAGCCAAGCAAGAAUUCACAAGUGUCCCCACCAGUUACUGGUGGGCUGUCAUCUCCAUGACCACUGUUGGCUACGGGGACAUGGUGCCUCGUAGCAUCCCGGGACAAGUGGUAGCCCUGAGCAGUAUCUUGAGCGGUAUUUUACUGAUGGCCUUCCCGGUCACCUCCAUCUUUCAUACCUUUUCCCGUUCCUACAGUGAGCUGAAGGAGCAGCAGCAACGAGCAGCAAGCAGGCAGAUGCGCCAGCUAGAAGAGAGCACCAAGCUCACAGGUGGUGACAGUGUUGCCUCCCCACUAGAUGCUGCCAGGGAGGUGGGUCAGCCAGCGGUGGACCAGGAAGCCAAAAGAAGUUAAUUCUCAACAGUUAAAGUGAGUUGGCAGUACAAGAAGCAGUAGACAUGAGGUGGAGGAUCAAUUCUGCAAUCAGAACCUCCUGAAUUGCAUAAAUUAGGGGCACACACACACAAGAUUUUCCCCAAAGACCAACUUUUGAUCUUAAGGGCCUACUGAAAAGCGUCCCUAGGAACUCUACCAAGUUCAGCUCUGCUCCAUCACUAUUUGUAGGGCAUUUCUUUUCUAUUGAGCAACUGGUUUUGGCAACCUCAAGGAGCAGCUGUUGAAUGCAGCCAGACAGGAGGAUAUUAUUGAAGCACCAAGAGUCCACACCGGGGUACUGUUUGGUGGGGCAGUGAACGUGUCGCCUCCUCCCUGCGCUGCGACACCGUGCUCGACGUGCCGAGUGAGGGGUUUCCCCUGGUGUGCUCCGUGCACAGGGAGUUCAUUUUGGCAGCUCCACCGAGGAACAUGAAUCUCAGACAAGCAAAGGGAUGAGGGGGAGAGAAGGGCAGAAAUAACUCUUCGGCUUUCACAGGGGCUUGGUUUUGUCUGUCUUACAAAUCAGGCACCGCCAGCUGCCAGCUCCAACGUGUGCUCUAGCUCAGUACGCGCUAUUUAGUAAAUAUGCAUAUUUACCACAGUGAGCUUUGUAUCUUAGCCCCAUGACAGAAAUAUACAUAGAAAAUCUUCCCGACUGUUGUACUGAAUGUUGAAUUGUUGGUUUUCUUUUUUUUUUUCUUACAGUUGAAUAUAAGAAAUACUUUUACAAUUCACAACAUUUCUCCAUUUUCUUUUAACGCUUUCCAUCUCCCAUAUAUCAAAACCACGUUUAACAGAUGAAUAAACAACAAAUACAUCCUGCCCAAGAAGGGGAAGGUAAUGUUAUACUGGCAAGGACUCCCAGUUCUGCAUACUCUUCCUCAGUGACUGCAGUCAGGACCAGUACAAAUUGAGUAAAGUCAAUGAGACUCCUCCAGUGGCCUAAGCUGCAGCACAGCAGCUGUGAGCUACGUCAGGAGUAAGCUUUUUUCCCCCCUACUAAGAAAAAGAUGAUCCUGUCAUCUAAAAAUCAAUAUUAUCGUUCUGUCUGUUCCUCCUGGCUCUCAAAAAAAAAAAAAAAAAACACUUGUCAGUUGAAAGGGAAAAUGAGUAUGGUGUCAUCUGCAUGUUGUUUACUGCUGCUCAUCUCAUGAGCUUUCCAGUCCUCUAAUGUAUGGUUUUGCUACUUGAGGAGCCAUGUAGCUGGUCUAAGACAGUGCACUGUGUGCAUUUUUAGGUAUUCCUACAAGUGGGAUACUUCAGGAGAUAGCAGGAAACAGGGCACAAAUGCCUCUUGUACCUACAGCUCCAUUGGUAUUAGCAGAGCUGUAGGACCAACCCCGUGGUGUCAUCCUUCAUAUUCACCUCCUACCAGGAAGGGAACAAAAUAUUAAAGGUGGGUUUGUUGGUUUUUUUGGUUGCUUUUUUGCCUCAGCUUAUAGCACCAACCCUACACUAGCGGAGUUCUGUAUUUAGCCAUUCCUUAUAGGAAUGGAGCAAGGGGGGAAAUAAAGGUUACACUUGAUUUUAAUAAAAAUUGGAAGCUGUGUUGCAGAACAAGUGCCUCUAGUGAUACUUACAAGUUGUGUGACGGGGGGAAGGUGAUGUUUCUCUGUGCUGGCGUGUGCCUGAUGGAGCCAGCAGACAAGACACACACACAUACGCACACACAUGCAGCCUCUGCUCGGGACAGCCACAAAUGCAUUUUGCAGGGAGGGGAGGGCUCGACUCCCUCUCAGUGCCACCUGCCUAGGGAAGGGAGCUUCGUGUGCCUGUUUCUGCGGACGGGAGCCUGGCCAUGGAGGCACGUGGCUAUGGCAGGCUCCCAGCACCAGGGCUGUGGGACACACUCUGGGCUUUGUGCUUGCAGCCACCGGAGCUGCAGCCCUGGCACUGCUCCCUUGCUGCCGCAGCAGAGGGUGCCUCGGGGAAGCACAGCCGUGCCAGAUACUCCCAAGCACUGCUGUGAGACGUGAAGGGAGCACACUGAGCCCAGGCACUCACCAGGCUGUAUCUGGGUCUCCAGUCCCCUGCCUGCACUGAGUUACAAACAAACUCAGGGCUCUGCCACCAGUCACAGCCUGCUGCCACACGGAGCUCGCUUUUGUGUGCCAGGCAAGGAGGGUGAUGGAUGCCACCUGUGCUGACUCAGACUCCUGGCAAACCAACACCAGCGUUAGGUUGCUGUGACUCACUGAGAGAUUUGAAUUUAUUUUUUCUUAAAUCCUGACACAGGAGUUUCUUGCAUUAAGGCUUAUUAAGGUUUGACACUGAGGUUCAGCAUUGCGGCUGGGUAAAUCCAGCAAAGUGAAGAACGUGGGUGGGCAAGGCAUGGCACGGCGAUGAGGGGGGGACAGCGCAUUUUAUGAUGUCUUCGUGUGCAUUCAGGUGAAAGCCUUCCGUGGUACUUAUGUCCCAUGCACAUCCCCUUCAGUUCAGAGCUAAAUCUCUGGUGUGAAUGCAGUGAGCAGCGGCCCCUCAAAGGGUGCAGAACACGUCUCCUCAGGGGGGUAGGGCCCAUGAACGUUCAUCAGUACUAGCUUACUCCUAACAGCUUACUCACUUUAAAGCAGACAUCCUUGCAGAAUGAAGAGCUUCACGCUUGCAGUGCUAGCAAAUAAGCUUUAAUUAAUGCCUCCUGCGGUCCUACAGCAUGAAAAAACUACCCUGAGACAGCUAACUGCAGCUCUGCAGCUGUGCAGCAAAAGUUGACACCCAUUAUUGCUGCGGUCCAUCAAGUUGCUAUUGUCCUACAACAGCAAGUUCUUUGUAUUUUCAAAAGGCACAUAAUUAAUUCCAGCACACACGGAUUUUUAAUAAAGUGACAAAACCCACUCAUCGUGUUUGUUAGUCGAGGUCUGACUUUUAAUAAAGUUUCAUUUUAUCUAUUGAGAUGACAGAUGAGGAGACAAAUAUAAACCAGGAACCUUUUAAACAAAUUAUUUUUGGAAGCUGUAUAAAGUUCUGGUGCACGCAUUGCCAGACAUGAAAGAUACCCAGAGGACAGUGAGUUCCCCCCAGCAUAGCUGUUAUUAUGAGUGAUGGCUAUUACUUUUGAUCAAUAGCUGGAGAAUUGUUGGUUUUGUGUGUGGUUGUUUUCCUUGACAUGGCACAUGAAUGAUUUAGGGCCAUUUAUCACUAACUGGAAAAAAUGCUGUACUAGUGCCUGCAUGCAUGCCAGUGCCAGUAGAUAGCUAUAUAUACUUCUUGUGAAGCACAAUCUAACACUUCAUGGUUGCAGCACAUUCUCUUUGCAUCAAAGAAAAAAAAAUGUCCUCUCUGGCAUGGGACUGAGAUGUCUGAGAGCUAAAAAUGUGGUAACGAGCUUGUAAAGGGACAGUGUUAGAGGGAGUGGCACAAAGUCAGGCACAAUUCCUGCUGCUGGUAUUGGCACAUGUACGGCCAUCUUCCACCUCAGAGCAACCUUAAUUAAGAAAAAUUACUAUCAUAAGAAAACCAUGACAGUCAAAACACACUCCUCAGUGGUCACCCAGACAAAGGUUGCUGUCACAUCAACAGGGCCAGAACAGGCAUAACCUAGGGCAGCCUCACAGCAGCUGCUUCACAGGGGGCACAAUAUCCACAGCUCUCACAGCACCUCACUUCAACUAACUAUGGCCUUAAGAGAGUUGGAAGCACUUGAGCAGAAGAGGGGAGAGGCAGAUGAAAAGAGUAAAAAAAAAUCCCGUGUGGUUCUGCUGGCCUGCCUGAGGCUGAGCAAAACCCCUCAGCUGCAGCUUAGCACAGGUAGGACAGUACCUGUGAGAGUCAAAUUCAAGUAAGCUGGGACACAGAAGGGGCAGGAUGGGGGUCUGGAAGUCAAAAGCCUUACUGAAGUCAAGGUAGACCACAUCCACAGCCUUUCCCUCAUCCACCAAGCGUGUCACUUUGUCAUAGAAGGAGAU